UUUUGGUUUCAGUUGAUAAUUAAAUUAAAAUGGGAUUGUCCAAACAAUAUCUUCGAUAUUUACCAUUUAGUCAAUUUGGUGUGGUUGCAAGCCAAAGGUGCAAUGUUUUGUUUUUAUCUAUGAGGAAUUCCAGUACUCGUUAUGUUGCUGCCGGCUCAUGUGAACACGUAAACAUAUGGGAUGUGAAAACGAAUCGCAAAGUCAUGGUGUUAAAAGGAGAGAAGUAUUCUGUAACCUGUCUUGCAAAAAGUCCAAGCGGACAUCAUUUAGCUGUUGGAUACAGUGACGGAUCUUUGCGAAUUUUCAGUCUUAUGACGUCUGAAGUAAUUGUUACUUACAGUGGUCAUUCUUCUUCUGUUUCAUGUGUUGCGUAUGAUUCUAACGGAAUGCGUUUGGCAUCUGGUUCUAAUGAUUCAGAAAUUAUUGUUUGGGAUUUGGUUAAUGAAUGUGGCUUGUAUAAGCUUAAUGGACACAAGGAGCAAAUAACUGCAUGCUGUUUUGUAAGUAAGCGAAACAUGCUUAUAACUAGUUCAAAAGACACUUUUAUUAAAUGGUGGGAUUUAGAUACUCAACACUGCUUCAAGACCAUGGUUGGACAUAGAGCUGAGGUUUGGGACUUUGUACUUAGCCCUGAUAAUGAGUUUUUAAUCACAGGAAGCUCGGACAGUUCUUUGCGGGUUUGGAAAGUACAAUAUAAUAAUGAAAAUGACAAUUUUGAGCCUGUUGAGAAAAGACAAAAAACUGACUCGGACUCUGAGGAUGAACAUGAAACAACAUCUCAAAGAUAUGGCGUAGUCUGCACAAAAUUUGGAUCAUUUCUACGUGAAGAAACUGAUCGAGUAGUAUCUUUAUGUUUAAGUCCUGACGGUAAGCUUAUUGUAUGUCAUGGUAACAAUAAAACAAUUGAACUGUUCAAAGUCAGGUCUGAAGAUGAAAUCAAGACUCAUAUGAAGAAAAAAAUUAAAAAGUUGAAAAAGAAAGACUCUGAUAACAAAGAUGAGGAAACAGCAAUUCCAAAUAUUGAAGCAUCGGAUAAAUUUGUUCAUAUCGGAAAGUUCAGAGUUCCUGGUAAAAUGAAAUCAGUUGAUGUGACUAAGAUUGAUGGAGGUGAUGGUUAUCAAAUUGUCACUUUGCUUCACAAUAAUCAGCUCAUUAUUCAAGAAGCCACUGCCAAAUUAAGACUGCCUGAAUUGACUCCAAUUGGAAAAUUAUUUUCUUCUGGUCAUCGGAGUGCAUGCAGAAGCGCGACUUUCAGUUCAGAUGGGUUAGCCGUGUUGACUGCUUCCACAAAUUCCGUAAAAAUGUGGAAUCGUGUGAGUCAACAAUGUAUUCAAACUUCGGAAACUGAUCAUGCUACUGUAUGUAAAUUUGUUCCCGGGGAUAAGCAAUUUCUAGUUGGAACGAUGAACGGAAAAUUGGAAAUACAUGAUGUCCCAUCAGGAAGAUGUGUCGAAAAAAUAACUGCUCAUCCGAAUGUGAUUAACGAUGUAGCACUUUUUGCGGACAAACGUGGAUUUGCGACGUGCAGCAAAGAUCAGUCGGUUAAAUUUUGGGAUUUUGAUCUUAUUUUAGAUGAAGACUUUUCGAGCAGUACAAAACGUUUGACUGCGACACAUUCUCGCACUUUGCAACUAGAUGAAGAGGUAAAUGUUGUGGAAUUUUCACAAAACAGAAAACUAAUUGCAUGUGCAUUAUUGAACUGUUCAGUAAAAGUGUUUUACGUCGACAGCUUGAAGUUUUUUCUUUCUUUGUACGGUCAUUCGUUACCAGUAACCUGCAUGAGCAUAACUAGUGACAGUUCACUGAUUGCCACUGGAUCCUCCGAUAAAAAUAUAAAGUUCUGGGGUCUCGAUUUUGGGGAUUGUCACAAAUCUAUUUUUGCUCAUGAUGAUAAUAUCACAUCCAUGGAGUUUGUGCCAGACACUCAUCUUCUUUUCACAGCCGGUAAAGACGGAAGUAUAAAACAAUGGGAUGGUGAUAAAUUCAUACACAUUCAGACUUUGCAAGGACAUCAUGGGCCGGUAUGGUGCAUUACUUCUGACCCACAAGGUGACUAUAUAGCAUCUUGUGGUGCGGAUGUUUCUUUGAGACUUUGGACACGUUCAAGUGAAAUCGUGAUUCCGGAUGAAGAACAUGAAAGAGAGAGAGAGGAAGAGGAUGAAAAAAGAUUGGUUAAGAAUCUUAGUGUAACGGGACGUACAGAAGAAGGAGUCGACGAGGCUACAAGAGCAAGCAAACCAACAAUAAAAACAAUUCAAGGAGCUGAACAAAUUAUGGAAGCAAUUGAGUUACAUCGGGAGGAGAAAGAAAAAGGUUCGCAAAUUGCCCCCGAUAUGACAUCAACAGCACAAAUACAUCCUACAUUGUUAGCAUAUGGUAAUAUAUCAUCGGAAAAAUAUGUCCUACAAAUUUUGAAAAAAAUAAAAUCUGCGGAUUUAGAAGAAUCUCUUCUCGUUUUACCAUUUUCAUAUGUUCCAGAUUUCCUCAAGCUUCUAAACGAGUUUGUUUCGAAUGGUUGGGAAGUAGAGCUGUCAUGUAGAUGUUUACUAUAUCUAUUAAAAGUACAUCAAGGAGUAAUCUCAUCUAGCGAUGUUCUUGUUCCUGUAUUAGAACAUCUGCAAGAAAAUACGGAAUCGGGAGUCAAAAAACUACAAGAUACCAUCGGAUUCAAUAUGGCUGCCCUUAAUCAUUUAAAAAGACAAAUCGAAGCCAAAAAUGAGAUCAUGUUUUUUGACGACGCUACUGAAAAAUUUUCCCAGAAAACAAAGAAGAAAAAAAAGAAACUCAAUCAUGCAAUUAUAACAAUUUGAUAUUCCUGUGGUGUUACUGUUUCCCUAUUGCCUCAAACAUGAUAUCAUUAUCCUAAUGUAUCAAGAACACACAUUAGAUAUAAAAAUUCGCUGAUGAUAUUUCUAAAUUGUUGGUAUUCAUUGAGGUAUUGGGAGAAGUCUAUAAUACAUCUUGGAAAGUUACAGAGCAUUUUUCAAACACACCAGUUUAUAGAUAAGGCUUAUACGGUGCUAUUAUUAUUUCGUAUUUCACCAGUUUUUUCUGAAUAUUAAUAAUUUAACCAAUUGAAUGUGAUCUUAUUGGGCUAGUUUAUCUGUCUAAUUUUUCCCUGCUUUCUCUCACACAAUUUUUUCUUCCAAACUCUUGUUAUCUGCGCCAGGGCUGGGAAGCUGCUUUGAAAUCAUAACAAAAUCACAAUAUAUAUUCUACCAGGGUUUCGGAGAUAAUUUUACUUGGAGCUAAGAAAUGACUCUUAAGGGCAAAGUUUUUGGUAUGACUAUUAGUAUGAAAAAUUGCCCCUAAUGCAGUUUCGCGGCAGUAGAACACAAAGCCAUGCUUCGAGUCUUAUAAAAUUAAAAAUGUGACAUGAAACCUUAAUUAGUAUUUACAAUUUAACUACUGAAGAAAAAUUUGUAAUACCCUUAGAUUGUAUGAUGUAUUAGAAAAUUAUAAGUGAGAACAAAAUAAUUUGAUUGUUGAAAGCUGGUGCCAUUAAAAUUACUGGCAUUUCAGCCUUCCCAGCCCUGAUCUGUACAUUACCUAUGUGAUGAUUGGUACUACAUAUCGGUAGAAGUUUGUAUUAAGAUUUCUUCUCUGCACCCAAUUUUAAGUGUUGAAUUACAAUUAAUCAUGGUUACUUUUUAUUAAACCAGGAACAGCCACAAUUGAGUAAUUCAUUCUGAAACAUUUUCAAUCUGAAAAACUGGUUAUGUUCAACACGAAAAUUACAUAAACACUAUAAAUUUGUGAAAUUGAAUUUAGAAGUGAAGAAUGUUUUGGGUUCAACGGAUUAAUGUUCUUGUCUUUGCAACAUCAAAAUUUAAACAUUUAUAUUUCGUCUGACCCUCAAAUGUUAAAUGCUCAAGAUGACAAAUUUUUAAAAUCACUCUUAAAUAUUGAAUAACAGCAUCUCUGUCGUGUUUCAUUUGAAAAUAUCAGAAAUAUAAACUUGCAUCAUCGUUUCAUCAG